CUGAUACGAUAUGCGUCAGUUGAAAGGAGGUAAGGUCAAGGAAUCCGCGAAAGAGAAACGGCAGAGAAAAAAAGAGUUCGCAGAGACACAGAAGCAAGUGUACAAGAUCGCAGUGCCGACAAUAGUGGCCAUUUUCCUUUUCAUCGCCGCUUACGUGUACAUCAAAACGAGGCCGAGGGGCUCCUACAUCGACUGAAUAAAAAUAAAAAGAAAUAAUAUUAAGUAAUGUUGAUUUUAUACAAAAUAAAUGGUGUUUUUUAAAAACAUA